CAGAUCUCGGGUGCAACGAAAGCCAGACAGUAAAUAUUUACAUCAGCGUCAUCAGAAACACACUUUCCUUUUAUCUCACGAAUUUUCAACCCGAAAAAAUAUUCUGAAAUUUUCGGGUACAACCGAUGGCAGAAACUUGCUUUACCUGCCUCCGGGAGACGGCGGAUCCCAUCCCGAUAGUGGACCAAGCGGAGAAUGCCAAGUUGGCCGUUGCGACGCCUUAUCGCGGAGUCAUAGUGGCCAAACACUUUUGGUUCGAUCUCAAUGACCUGAUCCAGGGGUCGCUGUGUCCGCGAUGCUGGUCCAAUAUCGAGGAGUUCCACAAGUUCUACAGCGAAAUCGAGGAAGCUCACGAACAGAAGAUGCGCCUCCCGUUUGCCGAAGUGAAACAGGAACUGCUGGAUGGGGAAGAGGAGGAAUCCUUAGGAAAUGUGGGAGAAGUUGGAGGGAAUGAGGCGGAGGAGCAGAAUGAAAGCGAUCCGGAAGAUGUUACGGCCUUCCUACAGGAAGAGCACUUGCUAGAUGAUGAUGAUGAGGAUGAUAAGGAAGCACCAUCUCAGGAUGAUGAAGAUUUCGAGGGAGACGACGGCGAUGCUCCGGAUUUGGCACAAAAGCCCAAGAAACGAGCCCGCAAGAGAUUGCGGCACGCCGAUAAAAUUGCCCAGGGGGAUGAGUUGAUAGCGAGCUAUUGCAACAUGCAUUGCGACGAGUGCUCCCAAGCCUUCAAGUCCUUCAACGCCCUGCAGAUGCAUUCCGCUUCGGAGCACAAGAAGCGGGCCUAUGUCUAUUGCUGCGACAGGCGCUUCAAUACGAGAACCCGCCUGUACGAGCACGUCCUGCGGCACAUCAAUCCGGAGCAGUUCCAGUGCGAUAUGUGCAAGCGGAACUGCGUGGACAGCGAGGGACUGAAGCGGCACAAGCUGAAGAUGCACACCCCGGAGGAGGAGCGAACGUUCAAGUGCGACAAAUGCUCGAAGGCGUUCGCCCAGGAAUCGGUGCUGACCAGCCACAAGCGCUACCACGAGGCUAUGGAGAAUAAGGAGUUCCCCUGCGGGCAGUGUAACAAGUUCUUCGGAAAUUCUGCGCUUUUGAAGCAGCACGUCAAGAACUGUCACACUACAACGUUCGAGUACGUGUGCGACACCUGCGCCAAGGGUUUCAACCAGAGGGGUUUGUUCCUGAAGCACCUGAAAGAUCACGGCCCGAAGGGACCGGGGGACAAGGGCCAGUGCCCCAUCUGCGACCAGUGGUUGCUGAAGGUAAGUCUGAACAAGCACAUCAUACGGCACAAUUCGCCGACCUACAGAUGCGAGACGUGCGGCAAGGAUUCACCGAACAUCCUGGCUCACCGGAGUCACGUGCGCUUUGCCCACUCGGAUGCCCGGUUCACGUGCAACUUCUGCGGAAAGGUGUUCAAACGGGCACUGACCCUGAAGGAGCACAUUGCGUCGCACAGCGGGGAGGUGCUGUACACUUGUCCACAUUGCCCCAAAACGUUCAAUUCCAAUGCGAAUAUGCACUCCCACCGGAAGAAGAUGCACUAUCAGGAGUGGUUGAAUGCACGGCAGAGAGUUAUUAUAAAAUAGAGCUUGCUGGAUCGAUAAAUUAUUUUGCGUGAAAAAUGUGGAUUUAUGUUCUAUCGAGAAAGCCCUGUUUGGUCGUCAUG